UUGUAUGAUGUCGGUGGCCAUGUCAUCUUCUCCCACUACAAAUAUUUCGAUGACUGCAUCGAUGAGGCCCUCCCUAAGCCUGAUGACUGGUACACCCACCAGCGUAUCUCCUAUGUUCGUUGCAAGGAGGCUUGGGUGCCAUACCCCUUCCAAAACAACAUCUCCAUGCUUCCAAAGGAGGAGCAAGUGAAAUGUAUUGAUGGCAUGAUUGACGCCGCUAUGGAGGCUCGCGUGGCAAACACUAAACCCAAGGACUUUGACGAAUGGAUCGUUCGCAUGAUGGGAGUUGGAAUUGCUGAUUUAUUCAUGAGACCAUACAACUUCAAAGUUUGGGCUGUUCCUACUACAAAGAUGCAAUGCGCUUGGCUCGGUGAACGUGUCGCUGCACCAAACCUCAAAGCUGUCACAACCAACGUCAUUCUGCAGAAGACUGCCGGAAACUGGGGGCCCAAUGCUACGUUCCGUUUCCCGGCCCGUGGUGGUACAGGCGGCAUCUGGAUUGCUGUGGCCGACACUCUCCCGAAGGAGAAGAAGCGCUUCGGAAAGGAUGCGGCUGUUACCAAGGUUGACGCUUCCAACAAGUCCGUCACUCUAGCCGACGGAUCCGUUAUCAAAUACCAGAAGCUUGUUUCCACCAUGGAUGUCGAUGCUUUGGCUGAAUCUAUGGGCGACAAGGAGUUGAUCAGCCUCAGCAAGGGACUCUUCUACUCCUCCACCCACGUCAUCGGUGUUGGUAUCAGAGGCGAACGCCCAGAGAGAAUUGGAGACAAGUGCUGGCUGUACUUCCCUGAGGACAACUGCCCCUUCUACAGAGCCACCAUCUUCUCCAACUACUCUCCCUACAACUGCCCUGAGACUUCCACCUCUCUCCCAACCCAGCAGCUUGCCGAUGGUUCCAAGCCCACCGACUCCUCCUCCAAGCCUGGUCCCUACUGGUCCAUCAUGCUCGAGGUCUCCGAGUCUUCAAUGAAACCCGUAGACAACGAGAAAUUGCUCGCGGAAUGUAUUCAGGGUCUCGUCAACACAUCUAUGCUGAAGCCCACUGACGAAAUCGUCUCUACUUACCACCGCCGCUUUGACCACGGUUACCCAACCCCUACCCUUGAGAGAGAAGGCGUCCUCACCCAACUCCUGCCCAAACUCCUGGAACAGGGUAUCUACUCCCGUGGCCGCUUUGGUAGCUGGAGGUACGAGGUCGGUAACCAGGAUCAUUCGUUCAUGCUUGGUGUCGAAGCCGUGGAUAACAUCAUCAACGGCGCUGUGGAGAUGACCCUGAACUAUCCUGAUUUCGUCAACGGCCGCCAAAACAAUGAGCGCAGACUUGUUGAUGGUGCCCAGGUGUUUGCUCUCCGAGCCAAGAAUUAA